UCAGUGUCUGUGUCGGUUGCUCUGGUGACUGUUACCCGGUGACGGUGGUGUUGGGUGGGGCUGAGGCCCUCUGGUCUGCGCCGCUUUUCCAGACCCCGCGGCCCGGCUGUGGAUUCGACUCAGAAUUAAAAUGAACUGGCCCAAAUUGGAACCGAGUUCUGCAGAACUUUCACAAUUUGUGGAAAAAGAGAGAAUUCGUCUGCUACAAACUAAAGAGAAAAUCAAUUCAUUUUUGGCAACUAAAAUUAUUCAGAGAACAUGGCGUGGCUACAGAAACAAACAGCUAUUUCGACUGCUCAAGCACACAAUUUGUGCAGCGGAACACAGUAUGACACACGAUAUCCUGAGAAAACUGAAACCCUCGGAGUAUGAAAUCCUGAAAGACUCCAGCAUGAAGUUCAGAGUGAAAUUCAGAUUUGCUGGAGAAAACUUUCCUCCGAUUCUUGUGUUUAAGAUUUUUCAGCACAACAUGAACUAUAAAACCCAAUACUUCAGUGGAAAAGGGCUGAUCAAGCCUGCAACUGAGGCAGCGGCAGAUUCCUGCAAACUUAUGGGACAUAGGAAGUUCUAUGAUCUGUUAAUAGACGAUGAGCUUCAGUUUCAAAGAUCCCAAAUAACAGAUGAAGUUGAUAUUAUCACACUGAAAGAUUACAUGCAGUACCUAAGUUAUCUGGAUGAGACUCCAGCCCAUCUUGGAGGCAAAGACAACAACUGGAGGAUAUUGUCCAUGGACAACUUGCCCAGGACAAACCUUCUGUUUGAUGUUGUAGAAUAUGCUCAAAGCAGAAUUUUAUCUCCACGUUUGAAGGAAGAAUUACCAGUUCUACUUUCCUUGCCGACUUCUCAAGAUAUACAGCUUCAACAUAUUAAAGUUCUCUCUCAGAUCAGGUCUUCAUCUCCAGCUACCUCAGUCUCUCUGCGCAAAGAAUCAAAGACACCAAGAAGCUCACAACGUCGUUCUCACAAAGCACGACUAAAAUUUAACAAAAUGCGAAAGAUUUAUGGAUUGGAUUGCAAAAAAAAGGAGGAAUUCAUAAAAGCAACUCAUGAAGCAGCAGAUGAUCAUCCUCAAGGUGUCACAACGUCUGCACUUGAUGAAAUGUAUCCAGUUCCUAAUACAGCAUCAGAUGAAGAGUGGGAGAAAGAAGUGGAAAAGCUGUAUGCUUGGACUCAGGAAUUGUCAUUUGAAUUUUAGGAUUACAUUUUAACUGAAAAUGUAAUGAUUUGUAAAUGGCACCACAUCAGAUCAAGCUAACCCAUGUUUUGCAUUGUCAAAUCUAAUGCUGUUAUGGAAUAGUAGUUUAUGGUUGGUAGUUUUGUGAACCAAUAAACAGUGUACACAGUGUAUUUGAUAUGUGCUUAGAGUGUACAUUAAAUACAGCCUGCAAUUUUAACGUAAUGAAGUUCUGAGGAUAGUUAUUUAUCUGGCUGUUAAAUAUGGCAGUAUCUGAAAGUGUUAUAUAGCAGAACUUCACGAAUCCAGUCACUCAAGUGACCUACUUAAAUGAGGUGACUGUAACAGGUCGGGUGAUUCAGGUCACUGAUGUAAUGUUAAGGGCAUUGGUAAUGGGUAAGGGUGAUGAACAUUCAACCGUACUUCGCAAUCUCAAAUAAAAUCAAAACAUUGUCACAUUUAAAA